UGUCUCGGCGCUCGAGAGACGUUCCGCGAGCAGCCGGGCGCUGGGGCCAAGCUGGGGCGGGAGGGGAGCCGCGAGAGAAGGGCGGGCGGCCGCUUCUUCCGGCCGGGAGCUCCGGCGGGCGCGGGUCGCAACAAAGGAGGGGUCGCGCCUUUCGCCAGCGCCCAGGAGGAUCGGGAAGACCCCUGAAUUUCCGACCCGGCUGCCGCGCGCAAAACUUCAUACUGUUGGGGGAGAGGGAGGAGGGCGAGAAGGAGGGGCGAGGCGAGGCGGCCCGGGAGGGAAGAGCUGCUGGUGGCCUCGGCUCCCCUGACGGCACGAUGCUGUCCAACACCCAGAACCAGAACCCCCAAAUACUUUUCCCCAACCCGCCGCCGCCGCCCCCGCCGCCGAUCCAGCCGCCCCAACAGCAGCAGCAGCAGCAGCAACUGGCCCAGCAACAACAAUUCCCCCAGUUCCACAUCAAGUCCGUCCUCCCGAUCAAGAAAAACGCCAUCACGGAUGAUUACAAGGUCACCACGCAAGUCCUAGGGCUGGGGAUUAAUGGGAAAGUUUUGGAAAUCUUCAACAAGAAAACUGGAGACAAAUUCGCUCUGAAGAUGCUGCAAGACUGUCCGAAAGCUCGCAGGGAGGUGGAGUUGCACUGGAGGGCAUCUCAGUGUUCUCAUAUCGUGAAGAUUAUAGACGUCUAUGAAAAUCUUUACCAGGGUCGAAAAUGUCUCCUGAUAGUCAUGGAAUGCUUGGAUGGUGGGGAACUCUUCAGUCGAAUUCAAGACAGAGGGGACCAGGCGUUCACAGAAAGAGAGGCUUCUGAAAUAAUGAAGAGCAUCGGAGAAGCCAUUCAGUAUUUACACUCAAUCAACAUUGCACACCGGGAUGUUAAGCCAGAAAACCUCCUAUACACCUCAAAAAGGCCCAACGCUGUAUUAAAACUCACCGACUUUGGAUUUGCUAAAGAAACCACCACACAUAACUCCCUAGCUACACCAUGCUACACACCAUACUAUGUGGCUCCAGAAGUACUAGGCCCAGAGAAAUAUGAUAAGUCCUGCGAUAUGUGGUCCCUUGGUGUCAUCAUGUAUAUUUUGUUGUGCGGGUACCCCCCUUUCUAUUCCAACCAUGGUCUGGCUAUUUCUCCGGGCAUGAAGAAACGGAUCCGGAUGGGUCAGUACGAAUUUCCCAACCCAGAGUGGUCAGAAGUAUCUGAGGAAGUUAAGCAGCUGAUCCGGAAUUUGCUGAAGACGGAUCCAACCCAGCGAAUGACUAUAAUGGAGUUCAUGAAUCACCCUUGGAUCAUGCAAUCAAUGCAAGUGCCACAAACCCCGCUGCACACUAGCAGAGUUUUGAAAGAAGAGAAAGAUCUUUGGGAGGACGUUAAGGAGGAGAUGACAAGUGCCUUGGCCACCAUGAGAGUGGAUUAUGAACAAAUCAAGAUUAAGAAAAUUGAAGACUCAUCCAACCCGUUGCUUAUGAAGAGGCGGAAGAAAGCAAACCCCGCUGAACCUACAGCACUCCCCCACUGAGGAUUCAGUAGAGCCAAACCUGGUGGUUGUGAAAGCAAUAACUAUAUCUAUAUAUUUUUUAAAACAAAUUGGAGAUAAAGACUGUCAUAUCAAACACAUGGAAUUCAGAUCUUUAUACCAGACUAGUUUUUUUUUUUUUAGCUGCCUCUCAUGGUUCUGACCUUUCUGAGGUCCAGCAGGAGACAGCUGCUCUAUGUACAAAACAUACUUUUAUGUUAUUUCCCAGCCCCUGGUCCUGUAGGGAAAUAUUUCUGGUAAUCAGAUUUUGUUUGUUUGUUUAGUAACACCCCCCCUUGGUUUUUUUCUCCUUCAGAGACACUGAAAUUCCUGUGAUCACCAUUUAAAGGUUAAUAAUAUAAAUAAAAUAUAUAUAAUCUAUAUUUUUAAAACUACUGUAGAGCUGAAAUCAAGAUAGGAGUCCUGUGCUGAGUACAGCGGUUGUUGUUUUAGAGUUAAAGGCUUUCAGUUUGUGUCGACAACAACAACAAAAGGCCAGGGCUGUUGAAGAAUUCCACCUGAAAACAAAGGCACUGACGAUACUGUGGUCUUCAUUUAACAUCAAGAACUGUUCUUGGCUGAUGGACCUUAAAUUCAGUUUGGGAAGUUAUUGUCCCAAGUACAAUAGGGCUCCUUAAACUGAAAGCCUUCUGCCUCUAACUGUGCAAUCACAGGAUUGACUUCCUCUCACUUGUGCGUUUGUGGAUUGUAUGUAAUGAUGUGAUAGGAUGGAUAUUGUAAGUAUUGGCAGGAAGGCCCACCCCCUUCUGUAUUCUACUUUGAAUUUUUGAGGGGUAGUGUGUGGGGAGGGUCCAUGAACACCCAGAAUUCAGUUAUGAUCUCAGGGUUAUUUGGGUGGGUGGGAGGGAUGGAAAGUAGGUGUUUGUUGAGUGGAGACGUUCAUGAUUGAUCUGUUUCAAUAACUGAUGCAGCCUUCCUGGAGCACUACAUCAGAAUAUGUCCUGUCGCCCAGUUUCCACCACCAUCUUGUGCAGUGUUAAAACUUAAGACCUUGAUGCAGUUCUAAAGAUCUCAUGCUGCAAGGUUGCAGGCUCAUAUCCUCCACCCCAGCUGUUCUGUUGUGGCUCUUGCAUUGCUGUUCUGUGCUGCUGUUCACAACCCUCCUGAUCUUUACCAGGAAGCUGCAACUAUUUGGAGCACAUAGCAAAAGGCUCAAAUCUGAGAUUUGCAUCUCAUUGGAGCUCAUGUGGGACAGAACCUGCCACAUGCACACUCUGAUAUGUGAAGAAAAAACAGAAACAGUACCAUAAAAAUGAGUCUUUUUUAGAUGGAUUCCUUAACAUCUUUGGGUGUUGAAUAGCCAGAUGGCACAAAUGUUAAUAUGGGAAUAUGAUGAUGGGAAUUCUGCCUAGAAAACCAAAAAGUCUCAGCUGAAGUUUGAAGGAGGGAAUUGACAUGCUGCCGACUUGGGCACAUUUGUCUAAAGUCAAGCUCUCUUGAGUCUUACUCUACCUGUACCUUAGGGAAGAAAAGCAGGAAAGUAUUCCUUCACAUAAACUUUUGCCUCAUUAUCCUGGUGGUCAAUCCCUUUUUCUGCCUCUUUCUGUAUAUCUUUAGUCCAUGAAUGAAUAUCUUUUGCCACGUUUGUUUCACUGGCAUACUAGUGUUUUAAAAACACACACUUUCCCUUUUUUUUUAAAGAAAGGUUUAGCUUUUAGGUGGCAUUUUAGACAUUGUAUGAAAUUUUAAUUUGUAAAAAAAAAAUGUUUUAAUUUUUGUUGUUGGUGGUGUCUCAUUGCUGGAAAAAAAAAUAUUUGCUCUGCUAUUUUCCCAUUUUGGAUUAAAGACACCCAAUACAUCAGA